AUGAAGGUCUCACAAGAUCGUCAAAGGAGUUAUGCGGACAAGCAUCGUAGACCUUUAGAAUUCGUGCAGGGCGACCAUGUGUUCCUGAGAGUCACACCUACGAUUGGAGUUGGCAGAGCCAUAAAAUCAAAGAAAUUAACUCCGAAAUUUUUUGGACCAUAUCAGAUUUCUGCACGAAUUGGACAUGUGGCUUACCGGAUCUCAUUGCCUCCGAUACUGUCCGAAAUUCACGAUGUAUUUCAUGUGUCACAAUUAAGGAAAUACAUUAUGGGUGCAUCGCAUGUGAUCGAACCAAACACAAUUCAACUAAAGGAGAAUUUUUCAUUCGAAGUACUACCUGUAAGAAUUGACGACAAGAAGAUUAAGCGAUUAAGGAAUAAGGAAGUUUCAUUGGUCAAAGUGACUUGGAACCCAACUACUAGAGAUGCGACGUGGGAAUUGGAGAGCAAGAUGAGGGAACAACACCCUGACUUGUUUAUCGACGCGUAG